AUGGAUGUGGAGGCGGUUGUUUUCCAUGACAUGCAGCCAUUAGAUACACUUUAUCUUGAGAGCACCACCAAGCCCACCACGGAGAAUUUCCGGUCGUUGAUCGACCUAGCGGUCAUGGAGCUUCCUGGUCAAUUAAACCUGUUUGAGCCGUCGUUGUACGACUCGGAAAAGCUGUUUUCGUCCAUUGGCGCACUGGUUUACGUUAUAGACAGCCAGGACGAGUAUCUCAGCGCUCUGCAGAACCUGGCCGUGAUCAUCAAGUACGCAUGCAGCGUCAACUCGAAUCUGCACAUUGAGGUCCUCAUACACAAGAUCGACGGUCUUUCGGAAGACUUCCGUUUAGAAACACAGAGAGAUAUAAUGCAACGGGUCGGCGACGAUUUGCUCGACUACGGACUCGACGGAGUGCAGAUCUCGUUCUACCUCACGUCGAUUUUCGACCACUCUAUUUACGAGGCGUUCUCACGAAUUGUGCAGAAACUCAUCUUUGAGCUGCCAGCUUUGGAAAACCUGCUCGACUUGCUGAUGCAGUACAGCACUCUGGACAAAGUGUUUCUCUUCGACGUGAACUCCAAGAUCUACGUGGCAACUGACUCGUCGCCCGUGGAUAUCCAGACUUAUGAGGUUUGUGCCGAAUUCAUCGACGUGACGAUCGACCUGGACGGUCUGUACGAGUCAGGGUCCGACGCAGAGCCAAACACCAACCCGCAACCAACCAGAUGCGUUUCCAAGCUCCAAAGCGGGUCGGUGCUUUAUCUACAGCAGAUGAUCCGUGGCCUGGCACUGGUUGCAGUGACGAGACUCGAAGACGAAAACGACGCAAAUGCUUUGGCCGUAAUCGACCAUAACGUCUUGGUGUUUAAAAAGAGUCUUGAAAAAUUAUGGGAGCGGAGCAGAAUCCAAUAG